CUCCCUUCAAGGUUGCGUGCCCGCCUAAAUUGGGGCUUGAUGUUGGUGUAUAUGUCGGUGCGUAAGGAAUCGACAAGUGCGAAAUCCAACCAUGCAAAUUCGAUGAGUCUCUGACUGCUGAUUUCAAAAGGGUUUCUUCUAGCAUCAUUGCCGAUGCUUAAUCCUAUGGGGUUUUCAAUUUAGUGUGGUUACUUCGACUCCCCAUUACGGUUUAAUACUUAUCAAACAGAUCGUGGCUUACAUGGCCCCAUUUCCAGUUACCGGAAAGUAUGCCGUCGCAACGGGCGGUGGCUGCGGCAUCACGCUCGCAUUCGUCAAACUCCUCUUGACCAAGGGUUGUUCUGUCAUUGUUGGAGAUCUAGAAUUGCAGCCAGAGGCAGAACAACUAGCUGCCAAGUACCCGUACCCACCAGUUGAACCAGGUAACCCCUCGUUUGUCUUCCACAAGACUGACGUGAGAUCAUGGCCUCAGCUCUCCCAGCUUUGGAAUAAAGCGCUUUCUACUUUCCUUCUUGUAGACCUUGCCGUGCCCGGCGCCGGUAUCUUCGAGCCGCCAUCAAGCUCAUUUUGGAAUCCCCACGGGGUUGAUGGGUCACCAUCGGAGGACUCAGCCGAGUGUGAUCCCGGGAUUUACUCUACCUUCGCUACUAAUCUAAUCCACCCAAUUCGGCUCUCGCAGCUAGCUAUUGGGUAUUGGACAACUAACAAGAUGGAAGCGUGCCUUAUCUUCAUCGGUAGCAUCGCGGGGUAUACGGCUUCAGUCGGCACUCCGUUCUAUUAUUCCAGUAAAGCUGGGCUCCACGCUUUUGCCAGAAGCCUAAACUCGCUUCGAAAGCGAUUGGGAAUCCGCGUGGUAUGCAUUGCCCCCCAUCAUAUUGAUGCACCCCUUUGGCGGCAACCACACGCCAAGGCCCUACUCUCAUCGGACGAGCCAUUGCUUGAGCCCGAGUAUAGCAGAGAAAAUGUUAGAAUUGUGCGAGAAUGAUGAAUAUGGUGAUGGAAACGUUGAAGUGAUGCCCGUAGGAACUAUAGGGGCAUCUGUGACUAGUGUUCGGCAAGUUCCACACGAUUUAUUGCUACCCGAGGCUAUAAAUGGAUUACGUGGUGUCUUCAGAGAAGAGGAGAAAUUAUGGCAGAGGCUCCAAUCUGAAGG